AUGUUCACGCCAAGUCUCUUCCGCUGGACCUUAUUGGGUUGCUUAUACGCGUACGCGACGCGGGUAUCUGCGCGUUCAAUAAGGAGUGAGACCAUCAAGGUCGCAGACCCGACCGUCCUUAUCCUCGGUGGUGGCGUUGCGGGAGUCAUUGCGGCGCGUACGCUCUAUGAGAAUGGCAUCACGGACUUCAUUAUCGUCGAAGCACGAGAUGAACUCGGUGGGCGUAUGCAGACUGAAACCAUCGGCGUGCCAGGAAACGAAUGGGUCGUUGAGCGAGGGCCUAAUUGGGUGCAAGGAACCCAGACCGGUGACGGUCCAGAGAAUCCGAUCUGGGGUCUUGUAAAGAAGCAUGGUGUGAAAACACAAGCGAACGACUGGUACGGAAGCAUGACUACUUAUGAUGAGACUGGCUACGUGGAUUACCUCGACGUCUUCAACGACUCUAGUAACGAAUAUACUACGCUGACGGUCGCGGCUGGUGCGCGUGUGCAGAGGCAGCUGGUUGAUUUGAACGCACGAUCUGGUUAUUCGCUUAUCGGUUCCAAGCCUCAGACACCGGCGGAGAAGGCGUGCGAGUACUAUCAAUUCGACUGGGAGUAUGCGCAGACACCUGAGGAGUCGUCGUUCAUUGCUAGUUCUUGGGGUAACAACUUUACCUACGACACGGACGUCGGUGGAUUCUCAGACACCAACCAAAUGUCGAUUGAUCAGCGCGGGUUCAAGUAUUUCAUCCAGGCUGAAGCAGAAGAGUUCCUGCAGCCUCAACAACUUAUGCUCAAUUCAACUGUGACAAACAUCACGUAUUCUUCCUCAGGUGUCAACGUAACGCUUACGGAUGGCACGCUGCUCGUUGCGGAUUACGCCCUAUGCACAUUCAGUCUCGGUGUGCUGCAGAAUGACGAUGUCUCGUUCGAGCCUUCCUUGCCAGACUGGAAGCAGGAGGCUAUCCAAAGCAUGGUCAUGGCUACAUAUACAAAGAUUUUCCUCCAAUUUGAGGAUGAUUUUUGGUUCGGCACCCAGAUGGCAAUAUAUGCGGACACCACCCGUGGCAGGUAUCCCGUAUGGCAGAACAUGAAUUUGACAGAAUUCUUCCCGGGAUCUGGGAUAGUAUUUGUGACGGUCACAGGGGAAUACUCGGUCCGCAUUGAGGCACUUUCGGACGAACAGGUGCAGGCCGAAGUCAUGGGGGUCCUCCAGGCCAUGUAUCCCAACGUGACCAUCCCGCAGCCGACCGCUUUCUACUUCCCGCGAUGGCACACGAACCCGCUGUUCCGCGGGUCGUACUCUAACUGGCCCGCAUCGUUCUUCAAUGGCCAUCACGAAAACCUCCGCGCGACGGUAGACCAGAGGCUGUGGUUUGCUGGUGAGGCAACGAGUCUGAAGUAUUUCGGGUUCUUGCACGGUGCUUACUUUGAAGGAUUGGACGUUGGAAUGUCAUUGGCGGAGUGUAUACGAGCAGGCGGAUGCGCUGGCCUCGCGCACAUCCCGGAAAUCACCAAUCCUUACCCAUACAAAACAUAA